AACUGUCGCAUUCUUGCGUGCGCAGUUUCGGCAUGCUCUCCGUGGUGGAUUGCAGCUAUUUUCGUGCCGAUCUCUGCCGUAUCCAGACGUAUUUCGCGCAACGCGUUUUGUUUUAUCGGAUUUCUAUUUUAUAAGUUUGCAUUAUAUUCGGUCAUCAAUCGACCUGGUUGUAAUAUGCAUCUGCAGUGUUUUGUUAAUGAUUAAUUGUGCGUUUGAUGUUUAUAUUUAAAAUAACAAUGCUGCGGUUUUAUUGUCUGUUAUUGUGUGACGUGUCGGUUGCUAGAUCAACCGGAAACAUAUUCGUGCUUGAUACUUGCUGUACCCUUGUAUUCCGAUGAGCGCUGCAUUGCCGGCGAACGCAAUGUCGUGGGACCGCCAUACUUGCACUAAAUUGUACGGUGCCUUGAAUGGGAGUCACUUCUACCGCUACCUUCGCACGGUGCCCUAAAUGGGAGUCUUUAUGGAUCCUUUGGAUGAAGCAUUGGCUAUUCCUGAGAUGCCCAAGUUUAUCAAUAAGGAGCAAGUGGAGAGGUUCCGUCGUACUGGUGGAGUGCGUAUUGACGAUGAUGUUCUGAUUCUGAAGAUGGAUGUGUUAACUGGAAUAAAAUACCAAGAAUUGUCCAAGAAAUUGAAGAUUGGAUUGGUGUUGAUGAUGAUUCCAAAUACGAUUGAAUUUACAACAUUUUGAAGCUGAUAUUGAUAUCAUUUUUAUGUAUUUUGUUAAAAGGUAUGAAAAGAGCAUUAUCUAAUUGCAUAUUAUUAUCCUGUUUUCAUGCUUGUAUUGUUAAAAAUGCUGUAUAUAUUAAGAAAUUGAGUUUGUGAUUCUACAUGUUUGAAUAAAAUUGUUGUUUUAUAUUUUUAACUAUAAA